AUGGAUAAAUAUUUGGAUGGUUUACGUAGUAUGCGUUUGUAUCGCCAGGCUAAUACAUUGCCUGCCACUUCUGGUCCACAUCAGUUCACGUUGGAAAAUGUUGCUAGCUAUACUAUGGAAUUAGAUGUGGGAGAUCGGCGUGGGUUCAGUACUUUCACUCUUCGCGGAGUUCCUGUUUUUCUCGUCGAUGCAUUCAAUUUCCUUCGUCUUAACGGUCUCGACGCCAGUGGAAUUUUUCGAAAAGAAGGGAACAUUAGUCGACUCAAAUCUUUUUCGAUGCAAACCUUCUUUGGUAGUGUAGUAUUGCCGGAAGAUUGCACCACACACGAUGUAUGUUCACUUAUUAAACGAUUUUUUCGAGAAUUGAAAGUACCUCUCUUUGCUCAGAUGCAAGCACAACUGUUGGAUGCUGCAUCAAUUUAUGACGGAGCUCAACGUAUCGACAAGCUUCUAGAGACUGUACGAAUGUUGCCUGCGGAACAUCUGGCAACAUUAAUUUUUUUAAUGCGACAAUUAAAAUAUUUUGGAGAUCGGCAUGAGGGUCAUCAGAUGACAGUUGAAAACAUUGCACGAGUCUUUGCUCCAUCUCUUUUCCGAGACGAUCCACCACUUGCACCUAACAGAAGAAAGAGGGGAUCUCAGGCAUGUUCUUUGUCCUGUUUCUCGAAUAAAGAAGAUUUGAUCUCGAAUGUAAGAAAUGAAAAUGAACUUCGUAUUACAAUUAUCGUUGAUCUGAUUGAUAAUGCGCAUAAAAUUGGUGUGCCGCGUGAUUAUUAUUUGGCAUCACGUCGUCCUUCUGAUGUUUCGCAGAAAAUUUUCAAAGGAAGAUUCAUCGGAUACGUCGGAAUGCGCAGUGUUUCUGCCAAACCAUCAUCUAGGAAUGUAGUAUCCACUGCAUCAGUUAAGCAAAAAGCUGAAACUCGAAAGGAGAAGAAGCUAGAAAAACAGCCAUCUGGAAAGUUCCCUGAAUGGUGCAAGAUCAAAGCACCACGUGAACGGCGUUCAUCAUCUACUGUUCGUGACUUUUUCUCAAAUAUUUCGAAUAAAGUUUUACGCCGUGGGUUGUCGCCAGUUGCAUCAGCACGACGACGUUGUUCAGCAGGCGAUGUAACUGAUGAUGAAUCUCUGAGAGAAAAUAUGAGUGGGCUGCUGUCGAGUUAUAUUCUCGAGCUUUGA